CUGGCCCUGCUGCUGCUGCCCGCGCAGGCGGCCGGCCCCCCCCGCGCCAAGGGCAACCGGACCCAGGGGGCGGCGGCGGCGCGGCGGACCCCCAAGCCGGGCAAGGAGCUCCUGAACCAGACGCUGGCGGGGCCCGGGGUCGCCGCCCCCACGGCGCUGCCCGGGCGCGGCAAAGGCGCGGGGGGCGGCAAGAGCCCCCCCGGGGGCGGAGGCGGCGGAGGGGGCUCGGCCCCGGCCCACGAGACGUGCUGGGGGUACUACGACGUGAGCGGGCAGUGGGACAAGGAGUUCGAGUGCAACAACAGCCUCACGGGCUUCCGCUACUGCUGCGGCACCUGCUUCUACCGCUUCUGCUGCAACAAGCGCGCCGAGAAGCUCAACCAGAGCUUGUGCCGCAACUACAAGAGCCCCGAGUGGGCCCACCCCACCACGGCCAGCGGAGCCCUGCCCGCCGACGGCGGCGACGGCGGAGACGGGGACGCCAACAAGUACGACCCGGACAAGGACAGCACCAACGCCACCGUCUACAUCUCGUGCGGGGCCAUCGCCUUUGUGCUCAUCGCCGGCGUCUUUGCCAAGGUGGCCUACGACAAGGCACGGCGCCCGCCCCGGGAGAUGAACAUACACAGGGCUCUGGCUGACAUCUUAAGGCAGCAGGGACCAAUCCCAAUAGGACACUGUGAAAGAGAGACUAUCUCAGCCAUAGAUACCUCUCCCAAAGAGAACACCCCAGUCAGGACCUCUUCCAAAAAUCAUUACACCCCAGUGCGCACCUCCAAGAGCAACCCAGGUCACUAUGGAAAAGAUAUUUACCGAAGUGGAGGCCCAGAUCUCCAUAAUUUCAUCUCCUCCGGGUUUGUCACAUUAGGAAGAGGACACACGAAGGAUGACCAAGAACAAAAUUAUAAUCACCUGAUACUAGACAGUGCCACCCAGACACCUACACAUGACAAGCCACGAAUGAACAACAUCCUCACUUCUGCCACCGAACCCUACGACCUGUCCUUCUCCAGGUCCUUCCAGAACCUCUCUCACCUCCCACCAUCCUAUGAAUCUGCUGUCAAGACGAACCCGAGUAAAUAUUCUUCUCUGAAGAGACUAACUGACAAGGAGGCUGACGAGUACUACAUGAGGAGGAGGCACCUGCCCGACCUGGCGGCGCGGGGGACGCUCCCCAUCAACGUCAUCAAGAUGUCCCAACAGACCAACCACCGGGACAGGCCCCGCCGCCCCAUCCGGGCCAUGUCCCAGGACAGGGUGCUGUCCCCUGAGAGGAUCAUGCCCGAGGAGUUCAGCAUGUCCUACGAACGGAUCCUCUCAGAUGAGCAGCUGCUGUCGGCCGAGCGCCUGCACUCCCAGGACCCGCUGCUGUCCCCGGAGCGCUCGGGGUACCCUGAGCAGUCCAUGUCCCGGGCACUGUCCCACACGGAUGUCUUUGUGUCCACACCCGUCUUGGAUCGCUACAGGAUGUCAAAAAUGCACUCCCAUCCCAGUGCCUCAAAUAACUUGUACAACACUCUGGGGAUGACCCCCACCUCGGCCAAGCGCCAGGCCUUCGCCUCGCGCCGCCACAACACCGUGGAGCAACUGCAUUACAUCCCCGGCCACCACCACCACUAUCGCACGGCCAGCAAGACUGAGGUGACUGUGUGAUAGGACCUCGGGCCUUGUACAUACUCUGUAAGGACUGGGGGUGGCCACAGCACCCCACACUGCAGUGACCUUAUAGGCCAAGGUAACCUCUACUAACUCAGUGUCUGCAAAGACUUCUCUGACAGUCCCAUCCACGUUGUUUUUAAAGCCACCCCUCCAUCGGUGACAUGAGAAGAACCCAAGCAAGCCAACAGGCAAUAGUGAGGGAUAAUAGAGGAAAUUUUCCUGAUGUGCAUCAGUUUCUGUCAAAGAAAGCCAUAGUAAUCGAUGGCUCCUUCCAAGGGCUCACCUGCAUUCAUCUCAUUGUUCCCAUGAAUUUAGGACUUUUCCGUUGCUCCAGGUAGAAGCAGUCCCAUGCAGCCCGAGGUAGAGAGGAGGAAACACAGCACCCCACCCUGUCAGGAAGGGGCUUGUCCUCAGGUUUGGUCUUUCUGUAGCAAGGAGGGAAGUUCUGGCUGCUGGGGGGUCACCCCCAGGCUGCUCGACAUCAGUCAGCACCCACACAUCUGUUCCUUGUCACCCUUGGAGCAAGUUCAAGGGCAGACUUUCCUUGGGGACUGGCAGAUCUAGGGACAAGAAUAGCCUGGCUGAGAAAUAAACUUUUAGUAUAUAUUAAAUAUACUCAUAAGAUACAAACAUACUAGUGCCUACAAAUCGCCUGCUCUCUCAGUGUAGGAAGUAGUGGGGUUGAUGUGUUCAAUAAGCACAAAUACGCUGAAAUGCUUGUUUCCCUUUCCUCCACUCAUCAUUCUAAUAUCUUGGUGUCUCCAACAUGUAAAUAGGAAGGAGGAAUAGGGUUUCUCUUCCUCCAGCUUCUUGCCACUGCUGAACCUAAAGCACCAGAAUUCGUUCAGCUUCGCCCUGCUGAGCCGUGCUGGGGAGGUCCCAACUGCACCAAGAGCCCUGCAAGGCCAGGCUUCCACCCCUGCCCCCGAGCCUGGAUCUCUCCUCAGAAUCUUUUCCUGACAGCAUUUUCCACUGGCCCAGGUCCCCUGUUUCUGAACACAUUUUCUCCUCUCAGUUACAACCCAGAACUCCUUAUGUAGCAAAUCUUUCCCCAGCCCUCAGCAGAAGCACAAGACUGGGGGUGUCUCUGCCCAAAAGCAGGUCGGUAACUUUCCAUGAUUUUCUCUCCAUGUGAUGGCCUCCCAAGAAAACCUUCCAAAUUCCAAUUCCACUGAGUACCAAUCCUAACCAUGAAGACAGUUACAUUUCAUGCAUAUAAAUUAUAUAUCCAGCAUAAUUAUAAUUAAUGGGCAUGUUGUAUAUCUGAUAUAAUGCUAAUUAGAUACUGUAUAUUUGUAAAAUCUUUAAAACAGAGACUCGUGGGUCCAGAAUUUGUGAGGGUUUUAUCCUUGGCUUUCCAGCCAGAUUGGGCUUUGCUUUGGUUUUUUUUUGUUUUGGUUUUGGUUUGGUUUUGGUUUGUUGUUGUUGUUGGAUUUGGGUUUGGUUUUGCUUUAUUAUUUUUUUCCCUUUUAUUUGUGUUCCUAUCAAAUUCUGUAGAACUAACUCACAUCAGAACACGCUUCUGUGACCGGGAAAGGGUCUCAGAGGUUUGGAAGGCCAGCCAGACCCAGUGCUGUAACUCCUGGUGCUGGACCCUGUCCAUGGUGUGCCCUGGGGGUCCCACCACAUGCUGUCCAUGCUGCCCGUCCCACCGGCAGCCACGCUCCCUCCUCUGGGUGACACGACUGAUUCAGGCUGUAAGAACAUUCCUGGACACUUCUCCUCAUGUCCUACAUUUCCAAUUAAAUCUUUUCCUACAUUAAACCUCACAGAACUCAGCUCUGCCCUGGUCCCUCCCCUCAAAUACCUCCCACCUCCCGGCCUUAAUGAUGCUCCCAGCUCCACAUGCCAAGUCCUGUAGCAAACAAUGAUUGGGAGCUUGAGUCUCCUCUGGAGGUUUAUGAGUCUCCUGUGGAGGUUUCUGAUGCAGCACCAGGUUUGUCAGGGUAGGCAGGAGGAGCACAUGUCCUUACCCCAGUGGGAUUUAGAGGCAGGCCUUGGUGGGGUGGCCACAUGGGUCUGCUGGUAUGAGUUCCAGAGCUUUAUUCUGCCCUAUCAGAUGGAGACCGUGCUGAGAAGGAUCCAUCAGUGAGAGGUGCUGGGGCUUUGUUUGACGGAAACUGAGCUGGGAAGGAAUAAAUAACAGUCUCCAUGGUUCAGAUUUGGCAAAAUCAUUCUGGGCAACAACCAGAACUGUCUGUGGAUCAGAGUGGCAGUUCAUGGCAUGGGAGGGAUGAGAGAGAAAAGGCUCACACCUCCUCUCCUGACCCUUCCCCUGAGGGACACCACUCUCCCCUGACUACCUCCAAGCUCCUCAGCUCAGUCACUGGAUAUUUCCUCCCAGAAGACAAUCCCUGGGACAAUAUUGCCCUGUGCUGACCUUCCUACAGACCAGUUUGCGACUCUUGUGAGGACAAGAGACACUAAGAGGGCUGAUGGGGAGUCAGUCCCUGAUGAGGUUCUGGGGCUCUUCCAUUCACUCUUGGCCCAAGAAAGGCCAGGAUUUUCCCUCUUCAGGCAGGGAGACAUGAACACUGUGGGAGAGGAGAGGCCACCCCAGAGUCUGCGGGAGCUGUGGUGGCAGAGCCAGAGGAGCGGAGGUGGCAGUGUGAGGCCAUGGGUAGGUGAACACUCCUCUCUUUCCAUUCCCAUAGCUGUCUGUCUCAAGCUCUAGUCCUUGUCUAAAUGUUCCAUUUAUGAGCUAAGAAGUUGCUGGACCAGAUGCAGAUUUGGGAAUUUUUCCCUCAAGCAGCCCAUGCAGAUGCUGAGCUGUGCCCGUGUCAUUUGACCUCGGUGUCUUCUCUUAUUCUGCCUGGCAAAUAUCACCAAGCCCUCUGCCAAUUGUCCUGUCUGGGCAACAACCCUCCAAAGAAAAUUAAGCCCCAUUUCCUUGUAUUUUCCACCCACUCAACUGUUUUAAGCAGAUGUGUCCCACCCUUUUUGGGCCAAAUCUCUUCAGGGACUCUGCCACCACCACAGAAAGUUUUCAGCAAAUUUUCUUGGGAAGGAACAAUGCCCUUGAUACCAGUGGGGCACGCUGUGCUCCCAUGGCUUCCUUUGUGUGCUGGGCUGGGUUGGGAGAUGGGGCAGUGAUGUUCCAGCACACACAGGUGUUCUUUGGUUAUUUUUUUUCCUUAUUCCUCACUCUGGGAGUUUGUCACUGAACAAAUACUUGCUCUGGGACCGGAUGUCGUGUCCCACAGCCUGAUCCCAGCACUUCAGUUCCCUGUGAUGAUAAUGGGAACACCUUCCAAUUCCACAGAGGCUUCAGACCAUGGUGUGAAGGGCUUUGAGACCCUCUCACAGCAGAAACUGUAGAGCAGCAAAGUGUUUUUAUGACUAUUGUUUGUCAUUGUCCUGACACAUCGUGUGUGAUGUGUUACAAUCCUGUCUGCCCAGAAAGGGAGUGCUGGGGUGGGCAGAUGCCGCAUCCCAGAUUUCCCAUUGCUCUCUUUCUGGCCAGGGUCCCUGGGAGGCACAGCUCCAAGGGGUGCUGCCACCUGCACUGGGACCUCUCUGCUUUCUCCUCCUCAUGUCUGAGUCACCACGACAUCCUGCACUCAGGAGAAAGGCAGGAAGCAGCCACAUUCCUCUGUACAGUGAAAUAGAAUCUGCCUUGAUUAAUCCAAUAUACUCUGAAGAAUUGAGCUUUUUCUUCAACCCACAAGUGGAAACACCCCUGUGGAGUGUCCAGUUCCCUGAGUGCAUGUGCAGGGACCAGGAGAUGGGGUAUAGAAAAGUUUAUAUUAUUUCCUAAAAACUGAUCAUUAUUUGCAUUCCCUGAGCAGCAACAAAAACCAGUGCUCUGCACUGGGAUUUAUACACCGAUCUCAUGUGUGUGUAUGUAUAUGGACACAAAUAUAUAUACACAUACACACUGCAAAAUGCAAUCAGUAAUUCUGACUGACCCUGUACCAAUCUAAGCUUCAAACUACAUCAAAUCAUUCUUUGAAAUGUGGCAAACUACUUUUAAUGAACGACACAGAGCACCACAUGGAACAGAAUUUUGACAUAAAAAGUCUUCUAAUGCCAGUGACUCAUGUUUUAAGGAAAAAUGAAAUAUUUUUCAAUGUUUUCACGUUCCUUUUAUAAAUGAUGAUCUGUUAUUUGGAUAUGGGAGUGGGUGGGAAGAAACAGGGACAGUUUUCUGGUAGCAAGCUCUCCUUCCCUGGCCUAGAUUUCAUUUCUGUCUGCUGCUCUGGAACCUGGCUGGCUACAAAGCUGGUCCCAUGAACCUGGGCUUCCUGCAUGCAUCUUUCUGUUCCUGUAUCCAUCAGAGGCAUUCCCACCAGGAAUCUGCAAGAGCCUGGCAUGUUUUUUGUAAGAGAUGGACAGUUCCUGGGAGCUGGGACAUGUCUUCACCUUCUUCCACCACUGCAACCAAACUCAUCAUGAAACAGGGUAACUUUAAUUGUGUUUGAAAUACGUGUUCUACUUUGUGAUCAAUUUGUCAUCUUCAGUUCAUGUGAUGGAGAAACAGCUUGUGUUGGUUUUGUUUCAGAUUUAGUGUUCAUGUGGAAGGAGGGACUCUGCUGAAAUAUAUCUCACACGGACAGGUCUCGUGUCGGGGUAUAUUUCCAAUGAGUGAAAAGUAAGGGGAAUAUGUGAGAAAGGGGCAGAAAUAUUUUCAUACCAAGUGUUGUAGCAAUAAGGCUGUGCUGGGGCUGCUCCUCAAAGAGCAGCCACUUUGUGCUGUCUGUCAGCAGACGGGAGAAGGGACUGCUCCCAGUUCCCAGAGCCGGCUCUUGGGGUGCCCUCACCAAAACCCAGCUGAGAAAGCCCCUGUGGCAGCCCAGGGGUGAGGGGAGAGCUGCAGGGUCCCUUUGGGGCGUGGUGGUGUCGAUGUGAACGAGUUCUGUGCCCUCAGCACCCCCUGUCUCCAUGGCCACACGAUGUCCGGGCGGUCUCCAUCCCAUUGCCCCCCCGACCCUCUGCCCCCUGUGCCCCCCUGCGACCCCCUCAGACAUUUUUGUAGCAAGAAUUUCUUGGCUCUGAGAAAGACACUUCUUACUGUAAUAUUUUUAGUUUCGGGGGACAAUAUUUCCUAAGAGGGAUUAAGUGGAUAUUUUUGUGCUUUAGCCCAGUUUAUGGAUUCCAUGUUUAUUAUACAGUAGUACUGAAGAGGAAGUACAUUUGUAUCUGUAAUUUGCACAGACUCUUGGUUAACCAUUAAACAAGCUUCAAGAUGAGCAGUAUUUGACUGUUUUUCUCUGUAUUAUUCUUGUUGUUAUACUUACCUGUAAAAGCACAUUCUGUAUGUACUGUAAACAAAAAUAUUAUCAGUUUAGUAAAAUUUAGAGUCUUAAGGAUUUUUCCACUUUUGUCAGUAACAAAUAUUUAUGGAUUAAAAAAUAAAGGCAAUUUCAACAUAGAAGUUGUUUCUUUUUGAUAUCUAUUGGGGGGAAAUAAAAGCCAUUUUCUUGGCUGCCUUCCCAAUAUUUGUAACCAGCGUUUGAAAGGUAGAUAUCUGUGAUUCUGUGUGUAGUUAAAUAGCAUCUAUUAAAAUGAA